CUGGCAGAGAAUACCUGAGACAAGAAGACUGUGAAGGAGACAGCUUUUCAACAUGAAGAUGGUUCAUACAAAAUCCAUCAUUCUACUAGCCUGUAUCAUGGGAUCUGCUUGGACUUACCCAGCACAGAUCAUUUUCCCAUAUCAAGAAAUGCUUGAAAAAGACUCACUGACCAACUUGGAUCUUCUCGAAGCUCUGGGAAAGUCAGCAGAAAAGGAUGCACUUGCUACCGAAGGAACUGUUAGGGGAAUGGAGAUGCCAGUCCUAGGAAAAAAAUCUGGCUCUGUGGAUGUCUUUACUCAGAUAUCUAAAGUAAACCGAGGAAUUAGGGUUCCCACUUAUCAAGGGGACAUUCUCAGACCUAAAGGUCGUAGUGCCAUGAAUUGCACCGAAUGUCUUUGGCCUAAAUCUACAGAUGGAACUGUCAUUGUACCUUACAACUUCUCCUCCAACUACAGUGCCGAUCAGUUGGCUUUGUUUAAGUCGACCAUGCAGGAGUAUGAAAGCUUAACCUGUGUGAGAUUUGUACCCAGGGCAAAUGAAACAGAUUUUCUCAGCAUUGUGUCUGACAAUGGCUGUGCAUCCUUUCUUGGAAAAGUUGGAGGAGACCAAACUGUGCAGCUGGAUUCAUAUGGCUGCAUAUACAGGGGGAUCAUCCAGCAUGAACUGAACCAUGCCCUGGGCUUCUACCAUGAGCAGAGCCGGAGCGACCGGGAUGACUAUGUCACUAUACAUACUGAGAAUAUCAUACCAGGCUAUGAAGGCAACUUUAACAAGGCUGACUCCAAUAACCUGGGGCUUGAAUAUGACUAUUCCUCAGUGAUGCACUAUCCAGGGGAUGCAUUCAGUAAGAAUGGAAACCUCACCAUUGUCCCCAAGCCUGACCCAACUGUUCCCAUUGGGCAAAGGGAUGGGCUGAGUAUUCUGGAUGUCUCCAAAAUUAACAGGCUGUAUCAAUGUGAUGUAUGCAGUAAUUUGCUUUCUAACACCAAUGGGACAAUGAUCUCAGCCAACUACCCCUCUGCAUACCCUAAUAAUGCCAACUGUGUUUGGCUGAUUAGAACUCCAUCUGGGCAGGUGACCCUGCAAUUCCAAGCCUUUGAUAUCCAGUCAUCUCCAGGCUGUGUCUCUGACUACAUUAAGAUCUAUGAUGGUCCCAGUAAGACGUCCCCUGUGUUAGUGGACAGGGCAUGUGGUACAGGACUGAUCCCUAUACAGAUUGCCUCCACUAACCAGAUGCUGGUUGAGUUUGUCAGUGAUGGAGUAGUUACUGGCACCGGCUUCAAAGCAACAUACGGCUCAGUUCAAUGUGGUGGAGCUUUCUAUGCUCCAAAUAAAACCUUCACUACUCCUGGCUACCCUGCAAACUAUGAUACUAAUUUGGAUUGCACCUGGACAAUCACAGCCCCGGUUGGCUAUAAGAUAUCUCUGAAUAUGAGCGACUUUGAACUUGAGAAUAAUCGCUACUGCAUGUAUGACUAUGUGAUUAUUUACAACACAACCCGAACUCCGGUUCCAUACUGCGGCUCUAUCAAAUUCUCCUCUGGAUUUGUGUCAACGGCAAAUUCAAUGAUGAUCCGCUUCCACAGUGAUCGUUCUAAUGUGAAUAGAGGAUUUAGUGCUACCUAUAGAUUUGUGAAGUAAAGAAAAUGAUAACAAAGGAAUUCCGUGUUUCAGAACAAAGGAAAGCGAUGGGCCUCUGCAGCAUCUUGUGCACAUUAUACUAAAUGAAAUAUAAGGGUUCUAAAUACAAUUAUUAUUGGAAACAUUGGAAAUGAUAUAAUUAUGUUUGAGAAUAUAAGAAUCAGGCAAAAUAAAAUGUGAUUUCUGGAAAUAUCUGAGUAUGGCCAUUUGUAUUCUGAUAUACAGUUAAUAAAGGGCAUUGAAUUAA